AUGGACUCUGAGUUCCCUCUUUUCCCCCUUUUCCCCCAGGAGAUCCAAGCACUCAUCUGGGACGCUGCCGUCCGACCAAUCCCAGGCCGACGUGGCGUGCAGAGAUUCAUUAUCUCCGGCCACGACAUCGGACGGGCCAGUUCGCGAUCUCCACACGGCUCAAAGCCUCUUAACAUCAACCGUUACGGCCGGUUAGUUGGAGGGUUCUCAAUUUCUGUUCCUCUCGAUGAUCCAUAUGGCAGCCCCAAUGACUCCGUGUACGAACUGGACAGCGGGCUUUGGACGGCAUGCACUGCAUCUCGCGCUGCGAUGGAACGACGCUUCAGCAAGAAUGAGUGGUGGGUCGUUCCAGAACGCGGUGAAGGUUCGGAUCGCUCAACUGCACCGGGUCGAUAUUUUGGCGAGGACAAUGUCACUCAUUCGACGUCAUAUAUUGACUACACUGGACUCAUCAGGUACAUCACCCUCGACUACGGCCAAGACCUCACCUUUCUUGACUCCAGAGACUUGGACUCAGUGGACUGGUACCCUCUUUUUUUUAGGGAUCUUCGUGCUGAGGACCGCACUCCUCUGCUCGACUUUCCCUGGGAUGAGGACGUUGGGCGGAGAACGAGCUUCAUUGGUCACGAUAUUGCCAUUGAAUAUGAUCCAAGGAUGAUGGAUGAGGUUGACGGCAAACUCACGCACUACUGCCGGAAGGACCUAGCAAUGACGUCAAUUUCUCUGUACAACAUGGUUGAUGUUUUUCAUGACCGUGCAAAGAGAAAACUUUGGUUUGUUGACUACAGGCUUCAACCACUUUCUGCUGCCUCUACCAAAAUUGAGGGUCGAGAGAGAUUCUACUCUAGCAAUGCGGUGUUUGUAGAAGUUGAGCUGAAGGACUUGAACUCAUCUUGGAUCACUGCUACUGAAAACGCCGAGCCUGAUGCUAACAAGCAAACGGUGUUCGAUUUCUUCCAUCUCUUGGGGGUCCGCAGGGUGCAAACACGCUUCUCUGACCGCCUGCGGGCCUUGGCAUACCAUCCUCUAUCUAAGGAGGCGAAACGGCCCCUAGUGAAGCUUCAGCAGGCUCGAGAUCCAUCGUGUCCGACCUGCUUUCCGAAGGAAGAGCCAGUUCGGCAUACAAGGCCGAGGCCGUGUGCAGACAAGGAGGAUGAUAGUUUGGACGACAUGUCGCUGAGCGAUUUGAAGCUGUUUGAUUAG